GCUGGGAACAUUCCUCGCCUGUGAAUCGCUUCGCGCCAGCGCGCCGCCAGAAAGCGCUCAUCUGAACGUGGAUCGCCUCUGCCAGAAUAUGGCAGGGGUCCGCUUCUACAAGAUGCAACCGUUCCACAAAGACUCGCUGCAGCUUGAUGGCCAGCUUCGUGCAGGGUGUGACGGUUUCCGCUGCCUCUUCCAGCAUACUGCCCUGGCACAUUGGUGGAAUGCGAGCCCUGAAGCCGUCAUGGGCGUUGUGACGUGGCUGGCCUCUCACGCGCAGUGCUGCGGAGAACUAUGGCAAUUAACUUUUGACGCGAUACUGUUGUGUUUGCGACAUGUCCCAGACUGGAAUACCAGAGCGCAGCUUGCAGAGCAAGUCUUGACUUGGCUGCACACGGAUGCCUUGAGUGACUCAGAGAGCUUGUACGCCUGCCGCUGUAUAAUGUAUUGCGAGCCCUUCCUACACUUAUAUGAUCUGCACGACCGAGUUUUGCAGCGCAUCGCGCGCAAGAACAAACAAGCUACGGAUGGGACACGGUUGUAUCUCCGGGUGACGGCAGAGAGUGCCAUCUAUAUGUGGUCCAUACUCGGUGCAGGACCGUUGCUUUGGUAUCCAAACUGGUGCAUUGAUGUCGCCCUUGAGUCGGCGCUUGUGUGGCUAAAGCUCAGGGAUGGAGCAGAAGCGAGUCGGUGA